AGUAGCGAUUUACCACAUGCAGAGGCAAAGAUAUUAUCUACCUACCUGUUGAGACGGCAGCACCCAGACUUUGUGUAAAAUGGGGCUCCUUAUUGUGUUAUUAAGUAUUCUGCUUAUAGUGCAGCAUACCGUUGCUAUAGAAGUUAGGGUGGAUCCCUUGGUUCUGAUUGAUCAGGGCCUGGUAAGGGGACAGAGGGCCUUGGAUGGUGACUACUCGUCUUUUCUAGGCAUCCCAUAUGCCCAAGUCGACACAGCUAAUCCUUUUGGGACAUCUUUACCAGCUCCAAAAUUCAACAACGUUUUCAAUGCAAGUGACGGAAACAUCGCAUGCCCACAAACCAGUAGAAAAACAUCUCAAACUACCCUUGACUGCCUACGUCUUAACAUCUUCGUUCCCUCUAAAGCGACCCACAACAAUCCUCUUCCCGUGCUGGUGUUUAUUCACGGAGGCACUUACGUAGACGGCUACGCCUCCUACGAUUCUCCAACUGGACACAAUCUGGUCGCUCAGGAUAUAAUUGUGGUGUCCAUCAACUAUCGGCUGGGACCAUACGGGUUCCUGUGCCUCGACGUGCCUGAAGUACCAGGCAAUCAGGGACUCAAAGAUCAGUACAUGGCUCUCAAAUGGGUAAACGAAAACAUCGCGCAAUUUGGUGGAAACCCCCGUGACGUCACCAUCUCCGGGGAGAGUGCUGGAGCCAUCUCGACGAUGUUCCAGCUGUACGCUGAUACGGAGAAGUUAUUCAGCCAAGUUAUUUCUCAGAGCGGAGUGAUACAAAUUGUUGGUUAUUUCAGUGAGGGAGACCCACAGGCCGCUAUCAAGCUCGCGGAGAAUCUUGGAUUCAUCACCGAGGAUACGAACCAAGCAUUGGAGUUUCUUUCAAACACGUCUACAGAUUUGGUCAUUGGAGCAAUGACUAAUUUGAACCUAAGAUUUCUGCCGUGCAUAGAGAAAGAAUUUGCGGGAGUAGAAAAUUUCAUCCCGCCUUCAUAUGCUGUAAAAGUUCCGGAAAAAAUAAGAAAUACACCGAUAUUGAUUGGAGUCAAUACUUGCGAAUGGUGUGGUACGGGUAGAGUGGGUCCUUUAGCUAUCGAAAAUGCUCUAUCCUACUUUAAUUUAUCUGACAAAGCAUUAAAGGAUGCUACUGACGUCCUCAAGCAUUUCUACUUUGGAGAUGAGGAUAUUACUGAGGAAACAUUAUUGACAUUGGACCACAUACUAUCAGAUAUUACAUUCGUGUAUCCCUCAGAGUUGGCAAUGGCGAAAUUACUAAGUGAAGGCGCGGGACCCAUAUACCAGUAUGUAUUUAGUUUCGCCAGUGCGAACGACCGCGGCGCACCCGGGCUCGCCACACAUGCUGCCGAACUCAAAUACGUAUUUGCUAACGGAUACGAUACAUUUAACGAAGAGGAGAAAAUCGUAUCUGAUCACUUCACUUAUUUGUGGUCAAACUUUAUUAAGUACGGAAACCCAACUCCAGAGGUGACUGAGGAAAUCCCCUUCGCUUGGGAGCCGAUCACCACAGACACCAGACCGUACGUGAACAUCGACGUGGCACUGACGGCCGGGAGUCGCUUCCAACACGAACAGAUGGCGUUCUGGGAGCUAUUCUACAAGCAAUUUGUACCAGCUAAACAGAAUGGGUUAUUUUAAUUGAUUUUAAAGAUUAAUUUGCAGAUGCAUAAUAUUACCUAUUAGCUGAUGAUGAUGGUGUCGGAUGGUAAAGAUUAAACUUAUCAUAACUUA